ACCCACUCACACAAGACUACUUUGGCCUCCACCCUCUUUCCACUCCCCAUACCUCCUUUCCUCUCUUCCUCGGCGACCCCUCUCUCGCGCACUCCCUCUCUUCGCCUCGCCCUGUUUCAUUCCCGAACUGAACCACACGCACACCGAACAGCUGUUAUGUGGUCCACCUUCUUUCUGCACGAAGAGGAUGGCAGGCCGGUUCCACCGGGGGUGGGCGUAGGACCAGGAGCAGGUCUACUGGGACUGACCGGUGUCAUGGGUGGCAGAGGGGCUGGGGCUGGUGCUAUGGGAGUUAAGCGCCGGGCAAACGUGUUGACAUCGAGACACCCAGGGGACAUGAGCGAGGUCCAGAAGGGCAAGAUCAAGCUGGCGUUCUUCGUGGCCAUCGUGGGCGUGGUAUUGACAGUCUUGGGCUUGGGCACAGAGUAUUGGGUGGAGCUGUCCCCGCCCAAGAACUUCUACAACAACCAGACGUGUCUGUCGGCUCACUACGGGCUGUGGAAAGGAUGCUCCCGGACUCUGUGGGUGGCGGACAUAGACCCUGAGCGAGAGAGCUGUGGGCCGGCUGAACUGCCAGGAGAAUCUCACUGCAACUACUUCAAGUUCUACACCACUGGAGAGAAUGCCGUCAUCUUCCAGAAGACAACAGAAAAGAGUCUGAAUGUGGCGGCAGCCAUGAUGGCCCUCUUCGGUCUGUUCCUGAUGGUCAUGGGGGCCAUAUGCAUCACCACAGCCCUCAGCAAAGGAGAAUCGUUCUUCCUCAAGCCUGCUUCGGUGUGCUUCGUUCUGUCAGGCCUCCUGAUGCUCCUGUCUCUUACUGUUUUCAACCAAUCGGUCCUCUCCUUCCUAGCCAGUGACCACUCGGUGCCUUUGCAUCACGAGCUGUCUUGGUCAGUGUCCUGUAUUGGGUGUGCAGGGGUCAUGCUUAUUUUGAGUGGAAUCCUCUUUCUCUUGCUUGCACUGCCAUUCAGCCCCUGGCAAAGGUGUUUUCCCCCAAAAAAUGAAAGUGACAGCUAGUGAAGAGAAGGAAGUAUUGCACUUUAUCUGUAUGUCUUAUAACUGUUGUUGAGAAAUGGUGUCUCUUGCAGUUUUACAUUUUACGAAGAUGUUCCUCGUCAUAAAUGUUUUUUUCUCUCAUUAUUUUGCAUAAAUCAGUAGAGCUCAUUAACGGGACAUUAUACUGCUCUUGACCUAUGAAAGCUGAGUAAUUAAAAACUUACGAUAACCAGGUUUCCAUUCAAAUUUUUAUGAGUAAAAUGCAUGUUGAAUAACUAAAUGUCAUGACAGGCGUGAAACAUGUUUUUGGGGGGGUAAACUUUCCAAAUGUCAACAAAACAAAAUAUGGUGGGAUCUUUCUUUUGUAGGAUUAUGCGAGAAAUGUCGGUGGAGACGAUUUUAACAAUCAUAUCGAGUAAACACGCAAUAACACGUAGUGUGGUCCUCCCACUACGACUCGUCGGAAAACAUGCAGUCUAUUUGGGUACAGAUGAAAUCAUUUAUGACAAACUUCACAGGCUGGUGAAAGUGCAAGGUGAUGAGCUUGAUGCUCCUUUCCAAUAAAUAUUGAGGGUCUUAUUCUUAUUCUGGUGAACUGAUAAUCGAUGCUUGGCUGCCGUUUGACAAAUAAAAAAUAAUGUUGCUCUAUUGUCCAUAAUAAUGGUAGGCUACAGGUGCGCUCUAGCCAACAGCGAAAUGCGCGUGCGUGGCUUCAAGCUCAAGUGACAAUACCAGAGUAGGCGAACACGCUAUAUACGCAACCUUUUUGUUGUUGUUGUGAGAAAACCAUCAGUAGAGUAUAAAAUGCGAUGGAAACCCAUUUAAUUUGUGUUUUUUAUUCGGUACAAGGGAAUGUAACAGCAACAUGUAUUUUAUGUGCACUACUUUAUCACGCACAGCCUUUUAUCUUCAAUAAGUACAUUUGAUGGAAACAUGUCUGGUGGGAAAAUGCACAUAUUUGUUUUUAUGAAUAUUUUAGAAUACUCACCUGAACAUCUGUCACCAAUUGGAAGGAAGCCCAGCUACUGACACAUAUCUUGGGAGAAUCGAAGGUGUUAGUUGACAGCAAAAAUAUCAUGUUCAAACAUCUCCCCAAGUGUGAAAUUCAAGUUAUUCAAAAUAAUAUUCAAUUAAUGUAACAAGAACAACUGUUUACAGUUGUUUUUAAAAAAUGUGUAAACAUUACUUCUUAUAAGUAUUUUUGACAAAACUUUGAUGAUAUUGUGAUCGACAGUCUUAUCAGAGAGUAUACUUUUAAAGAUAGUAAUUGGAAUUCAGAUGUAUACACAGAAAGUAUAGUACAAAAAUUCUAGAGUUUCUAUUAAGUAAAUACAUACACAAUCCCAUGAUAUUGUAACGUUUUUCAACUGCCUUUAAUAUACAGAUACAGUGCAUUCGGGAAGUAUUCAGACCCCAUGACUUUUUACACAUUUUGUUACAUUAAAGCCUUAUUCUAAAAUGUAUCACAUUCUUGUUUCCCCCCCCAUCAAUCUAUAAACAUUACCCCACAAUGACAAAGCAACAACAGUUUUUUAGUUUUUUUUUUCUACAUUUAUUAAAACAAAAAAAACCUGAAAUAUCACAUUUACUAAGUAUUCAGACUCUUUAUUCAGUAUUUUGUUGAAGCACCUUUGCAGCGAUUACAGCCUUGAGUCUUUUUGGGUAUGACGCUACAAGCUUGGCACACCUGUAUUUAGGGUGUUUCUCCCAUUCUUCUCUGCAGAUCCUCUCAAGCUCUGUCAGGUAGGAUGGGGAGCGUCACUGCACAGCUAUUUUCUCAAGAGAUGUUCGAUCAGGUUCAAGUCUGGGCUCUGGCUGGGCCACUCAAGGACAUUCAGAGACUUGUCCCGAAGCCACUCCUGCAUUGUCUUGCCUGUGUGCUUAGGGUCAUUGUCAUGUUGGAAGGUGAACCUUCGCCCCAGUCAGAGAUUCGGAGCGCACUGGAGCAGGUUUUCAUCAAGGAUCUCUCUGUACUUUGCUCCGUUCGUCUUUCCCUUGAUCCUGACUAGUCUCCCAGUCCCUGCAACUGAAAAACAUUCCCACAGCAUGAUGCUGCCAACACCAUGCUUCACCGUAGGGAUGGUGCCAGGUUUCCUCCAGACGUGAAGCUUGGCAUUGAAGCCAAAGAGUUCAAACCUGGUUUCAUCAUACCAGAGAAUCUUGUUGCUCAUGGUGUGAGAGUCCUUUAGGUACCUUUUUUUGGUACCCUUCCCCAGAUCUGUGCCUCAACACAAUGCUGUCUCGGAGCUCUACGGACAAUUCCUUUGACCUCAUGACUUGGUUUUUGCUCUGACAUGCACUGUCAACUCUGGGACCUUAUAUAGACAGGUCUCUGCCUUUCCAAAUCAUGUCUAAUCAAAUUAAUUUAAGACAGGUGUACUCCAAUCAAGUUGUAGAGACAUCUCAAGGAUGAUCAAUGGAAACAAGAUGCUCCUUAGUUCAAUUUCGUGUAUCAUAGUAAAGGGUCUGAAUACUUACGUAAAUAAUAUAUUUUUUAUUUUAAUACAUUUCCUAAAAUGUAUAAAAACCUGUUUCCGCCUUGUCGUUAUGAGGUAUUGUGUGUAGAUUGAUGAGUACAUGUUUUUAUUUAAUACAUUUUAGAAUAAGGAUGUAACGUAACAAAAUGUGGAAAAAGACAAGGGGUCUGAAUACUUUCCGAAUGCACCGUAUAUAUAAAUAUAUCAAAGAGACAUUACCCUCUAAAAUCGAAACAUUUUCAGACCUCAAAGGUAAUGUCACGAUUAGUCUACGUCCCAGGCCAUCAUGUCUUGUAGAUUCAGUUAUAAUCCGCAAUUUAAAAGUAAUGUAAAAGACCAUGUAAAUUCCAGAGCUGUGGUGCUUAUCUUUUUCAUUCAUUUGUGUAGCUUGAUCUACAUAACCAAUGGCAUGGGAUGUGUCGACUCACACUGACAUUAGACUACUUUUGAGGUCUUAAAAACCUCUGACAAAUGUUGAUUUUGAAGUCCAAUGUCCCUUUAAAUGUUAGACGCGCCAUCUGCUCCAGGUACGUGGGAGACCAUAUUAUAGAAAUGGCCAUAAAUUACUAAAGCAGCACUGUCUUAAAACAUCUCUGGCUGAAAGAACAGGCAAUUUCAUCGUCAACCAUAUUGAAGAGGUAAAGUGGCACAAUUUACUGCGGCAUUUAGGCUACUAACCAGGUACAGUGCCUUCUGAAAGUAUUCACACCCCUUUACUUUUCCAGAUCUUGUUGUGUUACAGUCUGAGUUUACAAUGAAUUAGAUUGCAAAAAAAAUGUUUGUCACUGGCCUAAGCAGAACAGCCCAUAAUGUCAAAGUGGAAUUAUGUUUUUCGAAAUGUUUACAGAUGAAUUUAAAAAACGAAAAGCUGAAAUGUCUUCAGUCAAUGAACUCUUUGUUAUGGCAAGCCUAAAUGAGUUCAGGAGUAAACAUGGCCUUAACAAGUCACAUAAUAAGUUGCAUGGAUUCACUCUGUUUGCAAUAAUAGUUUUGAACAUGAUUUUGGAAUGACUGCCUCAUCUCUGCACCCCACACAUACAGUUAUAUGUAUGGUCCUUCAGUUAAGCAGUGAAUAUCAAACACAGAUUCAAUCACAAAGACCAGCGAUGUCUCGCAAAGUAGGCCACCUAUUGGUAGAUGGAUAAAAAAAUGUUAUAGAAAAGCAGACAUUGAAUCGUGACGUUAUUAAUUACAUUUUGGAUGGCGUAUCAAUACACCCAGGCACCAUAAAGACACAGGCGUCCUUCCCUACUCAGUUGCCGGAGAGAAAGGAAACCAUUCAGGGAUUUCACCAUGAGGCCAAUGGUGACUUAAAAACAGUUACGGAGUUUAAUGUCUGUGAUAGAAGAAAACUGAGGAUGGAUCAACAACAUUGCAGUUAAUCCACAAUACGAACCGAAUUAUCGGAGUGAAAAGAAGGAAGCCUAUACAGAAAAAAGGCACUAAAGUAAAACUUUUUUAUUUAUUUUUGUCCUGAAUACAAACUAUCAUGUUUGGGGCAAAUCAAAUACAACCUGUUAUUGAGUACCACUCUCCAUGUUUUCAAGCCUAGUGGUGGCUGCAACAUCUUAUGGGUAUGCUUGUCAUCGUUAAGGGCUGAGUCAUUUUUCAGGAUAAAGCAAACCUGAAUGGAGCUAAGCACAGGCAAAAUCCAAGAGGAAAGCCUGGUUCAGUCUGCUUUCCACCAGACACUGGGAUAUGAAUACACCUUUCAAAGUACUGACUCGGGGGUGUGAAUACUUAUGUAAAUGAGAUAUUUCUGUUUUUCAUUUUCAAUACAUUUGAAAAAACGUUUCUAAAGACAUGUUUUCACUUUGUCAUUUGUCAUCUCUUAUUAUGUGUCGAUGGGUGAGAGAGAAAAAAAUCGAUUUAAUCCAUUUUGAAUUCAGGCUGUAACACAACUAGAUGUGAAUUAUGUCAAGAGAUAUGAAAACGUUCUGAGGUCAACAUGUGUAAGGUUGCAUUGUGAGAAAAAAAAUAACUAUUCAGAAUCAUACGAGCCUUCAGUGUUGUAAAUCAUUAUCCCAAGGACAUUUCAUGUGUUCUGCGUAACCGUUCAUAAAUACCGUAAGACGUUUUAUCUGUUUGAUCUUUUUGUAGUGAGAGUUCAACGGGUAUUGGAAGGCGAAUUGUUUCUGUGGUUUUUAAUGAGAAACAAUUGCGCAUGUAAGACUGGAUGCAACUAUUAAAUGUGAAGAUGAGACAUA